AUGGUUCGCGAGGAGCUUAUCUCCUCUGCUGUCACCUUCCUCCAAGACCCCUCUGUCGCCGCCUCGCCAAUUGAGAAGCGAGUCGCAUUUCUCCAGUCAAAGAACCUGACUAAAGAAGAGAUCGAUGUUGCGCUCGCCCGAGCAGGUGAAGAUCCGUCUACAGCAGCUGCCGCCGUAACCGCAUCAUCUGGCUAUCAAUCGCCUCCCCAACAAGCUGUCUACCGACCUCCUCCUCCACCUGCUGCAGGCUAUGGAUAUCCUCCUUAUGGUCAAUGGCAGGCUCCGCCAGAGCCCCCGAAACGGGACUGGCGUGACUGGUUCAUUAUGGCUACGGUGAUGGGAGGAGUAGGUUACGGACUUUACACGAUCACCAAGCGCUACAUCUCACCUUUAAUCGCACCCCCCACCCCACCCCAGCUCGAACAAGACAAGGAACACAUUGAUGAGCAAUUCAAUCGCGCAUUUGCCUUGAUCGAACAACUGUCCACAGAUACUGCCGCACUGAAGUCUGCGGAGGAGACGCGCACAGAACGGCUAGACACCGCCCUGCGGGAAGUUGAGAACCUCGUUUCUGACAUGAAGAACGCCUCCCGACGGAGGGACGAUGAGACCCGUCGUAUCAGCGACGAGGUCAAGUCACUGAAGGAUGCGAUCCCCAAGGCGCUGGAAGGCGCCCGGGAAGGCAAUGAGACACGGUUGAAGGAGCUUGGUGCUGAAUUGAAGAGCUUGAAGGUCUUGCUGGGCAAUAGACUUGGUGGCAGCGGCAACAGCGCCACCUCUCCUGCUCCUGGACGGUUCAGCGGUAUGAGCAUUCCUACUGCUUCUCGACCUGCGGAGGAGUCAACUCCCGCCGCUGCGGCCCCGGUCAAUGGUACGCCCGCCGCGCCAGCAUCAACCGAGCAGCCCUCUCAAUCAGCACAGCCAAGCGCGAGCCCUAGCACUACCUCGGCGAGCAACAGCCCUCUGUCGCACCUGGGCCGUUCUGCUUCCAUUCCUGCCUGGCAGAUGGCUGCUGCCAACCGCUCCAAGACCGCAUCUCCCUCGACCCCUUCCACCAGCACUCCGGACAACACGGCUAGCGCGGCUCCUGAGUCGAGCGCCCCGGCUAGCUGA